AUGGAUUCUUGGUCAAAUCCUACAGCAUUAACAAAUAUUAAUGGAUUUGCUUCAAAUAUUUUAAAUUUUUCAGAUCCAUUAUUAAAUCAAAUUAUAACAUCAAAAAAGGCAUUACAAUUAUUAGAAUCAAAUUUAAUAUCAACUUUAGAGAAAGAUGAGAAUAAUACAAAAGAUUUAAAAGAUAAAUCAAUUAUUGAAUUAUUAUUAAGUUCAUGUGAUGGAGAUAUUGUUACUUUAGAAAACUUAUUAAAAUCAAAUCCAGAAUUUGUUAAUACAUUAUUUCCAACUAAUGAAGCUGGUGUAACUGCAUUAAUUUAUGCAAUUUGUUUUAAUAAUAAUGAUAUUGUGAAUUCUUUAUUAGAAAAUCAUAAUGCAGAUCCUGAUCUUGCUGAUACAGUUAUAAAUCAUACUCCAAUUAUGUGGGCUGUUUAUUUAAAUCAAUUGGAUACUAUAAAAGUACUACUUAAUUUUCAAGCUGAUCCUUACUAUUCUCCAAAAGAUGAUGGUAAAAAUGCUAUAACAUUAUUAAAUCCUGAAAAUAAUGAAAUUUUCGACUAUUUUAAAUCUCACAAUUUAUUAAAAAAUGCAACAAAUGGAGAUGAACAAGAAAUUUUUACGACAAAUACUUUUUCACCAACAGAAUUUGAAGAUGAUUUAUCAAAUAAAUUAAAAUUGCAAACUAUAUCUGGUAAAAUUGAUGAAUCAGAAGAAGUUGAACAUGUUUAUGAAAAUGAUGAUGAAUAUAUUUUAGCUCAAGAUCCAAUUUUACCAAGACUACCUGAUUUUGAAUAUGAAAAAUUAUUACCUGAACAAUAUAUUAAAUUUACUGAUAGUGAUAUUCCUUCAUUAAUUGAUUAUAUUUUUAAUUUGAGGUCGGAUACUACUUAUCAACAUAAUACAAGACUACCUGCUGCUAUUGUAUUUCAAUUAAUAAGAUAUGCACAUUUAAAAGUUGAUUCAAAUGAAUUGACUGAUUUUUUAUUUGAUUGUUUUACUGCACGUUUAAGGACUGUAACGAAUACGAAAUCUGGAGCAUUCAAUAUGGCAUUGCAAGAAGAAAAUGCAAAAGGGGCAGGAGAUAUUGUAUUAUUAAGUUAUUGGUUGUCAUCAUUACAAUUUCUUCAUUUUUAUUUUUGUAAAAAUAAAAUAUAUUCAACAUUUCCAAGAUUUUUACAAGAGAUUAUAAAUUUAGUACAAUCAUUAAUUGCAACUUUAUCAUUUUCAAUAAAUUCUAGAUUAAAUUUAUUAGUGAAUGAUUGUAUUUUAAAUUUUACAAGUUUGAUUGAUGUUUCAAAUACUUUAUAUGCAAAAGACUGGAACCUUUUCAAAAAAAACAAAAAGCAUCCAAAUAAUUAUGAUGAUAUAUUGAAUACUCUAUAUCCACCAACACAAGAUGAAAUGAUGAAACCGUCACCUUUAAGAUACAUACAAGUCUUAGGUGCAUUAGAUUAUGUAUUAAAGAUGCACAAUGUUGACAAUUUAUUCAGAGUACAAACUUUUUCAUUAGUGUUCUAUUACAUUGAUUGUAUUAUUUUUAACAACAUCAUUAGUCAGAGUAAAUAUUGUACCAGAUCAAAAGCAAUUCAAAUUAGAUUAAAUUUAUCAGCAAUCGAAGAUUGGUUACGUUCGCAUAAUUUGAAAUUCCAAAAACCUGAAAAAAUCGGUGGUUUAAAUCAAUUAACAAAUAUAACCUUGAACAAUUUAUUAAGUGAUGACAAAUCAUUACUGAAGAAAGACCCAAAAAAUAUAAACUUUUAUUAUGAUUCACUUUAUCAUGUUUGUAAGAAUCAACUUCAACCAAUUAUAGAAUUGCUACAAUGGCUACAGUGUAUGUCAUCUUUAAAAGAUGAAGAAAGUUUAAUUAAUACAAUAAAUCAAUUUGAUUAUCUUAAUUAUUAUCAAUUGUACAAAGUUGCAAAUAAACUAUAUAAAUAUGAAGUUGAUGAACCAAGAUUAUCUAAAAAACUUGUCAACUUUCUAAAGUCAUUAAUGAAUGAACAAGGAGAGCAACAAAUCAGUAAAAAUUUCCAACAUUAUAUGACUCAAUCAACCUUCCUAUCAAAAGAAGUUUACGUGUAUUUAAAUCCAAAUUAUAUAUUCGAAAUUACUUUACCAAAUUUAUCGGAAUUGAUUAAUAGUUAUGGUUCAGGAAUUGGUGGAGUUAGAAUAUUAAGAAGUAAAAAAUAUCAACCUUCUUUACCAAUUAGUAUAGUUGAUGAUAUUGAUGAAAUUUUAACGGAAAAUAAAAAUAUGGUACUCAAUGAUACUUAUGAUUAUGAAGAAGAAGAAGUAGAUGAAGAAGAUGACGAAGACGAAGAGAAAGAUAAUAAUGAAGAUCAAAUAGAAACUGUCAAACAAGUGAAAGAUGAAAAGUUUAAAGGCGAUGAAUUGUUCAAAAGUGUUCAAAUGCCAAGUUCACUUUUACAUAAAAAUUGGGGUGAUAACGAAUUUGAGUCUAAUCCAUGGUAA